GCUAGGGUGGAGUGACAGUGCAAUGCGACUCUUCCCUUGGGAUAGAUUGAACCAAAAAAUAUCAUCUUUAUCCAGUCGCAACGCAUAACAGUAUCACUCUCAUCCUUCUUCAUUUCCUUCAAAACCCACCAAAACCAAAACUUGAAUUUGUUCUUAUCCUCUUCUCGUGGAAGCCAAUGACAUCCACACCCUCUCUAACUGGUCCUUUGUCAAACGCUGUCGGAUUCAGUGACUGGAAAAAACAUACCCCUUCUCUCUGUAAACUAAACUUCAGUUCAAAUAUAGUUGACACGAAGAUAUUAUCUCAGUGUGGUUGUCGAAAAGUUGGACAUGGCCAAAGAUAUUUCCAAUUAUAUGCCCUGUUUGGAGGGAAAAAUGACAAUAAUGAGAAGAGUGAUGAUGCUCCUUCUAAGGCAGGAAUUCUCGGAAACAUGCAAAAUCUUUAUGAGACUGUGAAGAAGGCUCAAAUGGUUGUCCAAGUUGAAGCAGUACGGGUGCAGAAAGAACUUGCAUCAGCAGAGUUUGAUGGUUAUUGUGAGGGUGAGUUAGUAAAGGUAACGUUGUCUGGGAACCAGCAACCUGUAAGAACAGAAAUUACGGAGGCAGCUAUGGAAUUGGGACCUGAAAAACUUUCACUUUUAAUCACUGAGGCCUACAAGGAGGCACACCAGAAGAGUGUCCUGGCCAUGAAGGAAAGGAUGAAUGACCUUGCACAGAGCUUAGGAAUGCCGCCGGGACUUAGUGACGGACUGAAGUGAUGAAUGCUUUUAUGCUAGACUUAUGACACUGGCCUCAAUUUUGCUCAAACAUGCAGAUAGGCUUAUUUCUUCAUUUACUAUGAAUGAAUUUGGAAUCUUUGGUUAUUCAGAAAUGUAAGCUUGGAGUUAUUUGAAAUGCUGGUGAACUUUCUUUUCCUUCAUUCUAUUGUUGCCCUACUUUUGUUUGAAUGGUGAAAAUUCAGUUCUACGCCUCAAGUUAUCAGUCUUUG